CCCGACAAAUCAUUGAACUCUGUAACAAGCUCAACCGACACUCAUACACUUCCCUCCGCCGCCGCCGCCUCGCCCGCUCCUCCGCCCCGUCGACGGCCUACCGCCUCACCUUUCCCUUUCCAUUUCCGUACUGAGCCAGCACAGCUCACCGCCAUGAACCCCACCGUCAUCAAAGCUGCAGCGAUCAUACUCCUCUGCCUCUCCCUCCUCGUCUACCUCAACUUCCCCUCCUCUUCCCGGAAUCUCGCCUUCUCCUCCACCCCUUCCACGUCAUCAUCAUCAUUGCCGGAGGAACACUCCCUUGCAUGGCCACCUCCUCCGGCGGUCCUGGUGGAGCGGACGGGGAUAAUAGAUGAUACUGGAGCAAUGGCCGAGGACUUCGAAGCAGGUGAGAUCGAUCAGACGAUUGUGGAUGAUUUUGCCAACAACGGCAGUAAGGUAGAGGAAACGAGGAGCGUGAGAGCUGAGAUUGAGAGGUUUGAGGUGUGUGACGACAGUAUGAGGGAUUACGUUCCUUGUCUCGACAAUGCCGAGGAAAUUAAGAAGUGGAAUCGAAGCGAGAGAGGGGAGAAGUACGAGCGGCAUUGCCCCGACAAAGGGAAGGGAUUGGACUGCUUGGUGCCUUGGCCGGUCGGGUAUAAGAUUCCGAUUCCGUGGCCAAAGAGCCGAGAUGAGGUAUGGUUUAGCAAUGUUCCUCAUCCAUGUCUCGUCGAAGAUAAAGGUGGUCAGAACUGGAUAUCGACCGAUAAGGACAAGUUCAUCUUUCCUGGAGGUGGAACACAGUUUAUUCACGGGGCUGAUAAGUACUUGAACCAGAUCUCAAAGAUGGUUCCUGACAUCAAAUUUGGGGACCGCACCCGAGUUGCCUUAGAUGUGGGCUGUGGAGUGGCAAGUUUCGGUGCAUAUAUGUUUGAACGAAACGUGAUCACACUUUCAAUAGCACCGAAGGAUGUUCAUGAGAACCAGAUUCAGUUUGCUUUGGAGCGCGGGGUCCCUGCGAUGCUAGCAGUGUUUGCCACUCACCGUUUGCUCUACCCAAGCCAGGCUUUUGACCUAAUCCACUGUUCUCAGUGUAGAGUCAAUUGGACUCGUGAUGAUGGGAUUUUGCUCCUUGAGGUCGACCGGUUGCUUAGGGCUGGAGGAUGCUUUGUUUGGGCUGUGCAGCCUGUCUAUAAGCAUGAAGAAAGGCUGCAAGAGCAAUGGAAAGAAAAUACUCGAACUUCAUAUUCCAACAACUUCAUUUGUUGGGAUUUAUUCUGUGAAGAAAUGGAAGACCUCACUGCUCGAAUGUGCUGGAAACUCUUAAAGAAGGAAGGGUAUAUAGCAAUCUGGCAAAAGCCUCUAAAUAAUAGUUGCUAUCUCAAUCGAAGAAGGGGGACGCAACCUCCAUUAUGUGAUCACAGAGAUGAUCCUGAUGAUGUAUGGUAUGUUAGUCUGAAGGCAUGCAUUGCUCGAUUACCUGAACAUGGCUUUGGGUCUAAUACCUCUGCUUGGCCUGCUCGCCUUCAUAAUCCUCCGGAGAGGCUUCAAACCAUAAAUAUGGAGGGCUCCAUAUCGAGGAAGGACAUGUUCAGGGCCGAGUCAAAAUACUGGAAUGAUAUAAUAGACAGUUAUGUUCGAGUCUACCACUGGGGAGAUCUGCAACUACGAAAUGUCAUGGACAUGAGGGCUGGGUUUGGAGGAUUCGCAGCAGCGCUUUACGAUCUUCACAUUGAUUGCUGGGUUAUGAAUGUUGUUCCUGUCAGUGGCUUCAACACUCUGCCAGUUCUAUACGACCGUGGACUUAUUGGAGUCAUGCAUGACUGGUGUGAGCCAUUUGAUACAUACCCAAGAACCUACGACUUGCUCCAUGCAGUGGGUCUGUUCUCUGUUGAACGAAAGAGAUGUAACAUCACGACCAUUAUGCUAGAGAUGGAUCGGAUCUUAAGACCAGGAGGGCAAGUCUAUAUACGAGACUCAGUUGCACUCAUGGACGAACUCCAGGCAUUUGCAAAUGCCAUGGGAUGGGUGCCUGCGUUACAUGACACGAGCGAGGGUCCUCAUGCGAGUUUGAAGAUCUUAAUGUGCGAGAAACGGCUUUGAUACGAUGAUAAUAUUCUUUUGAGCUCGAGAGGACAUGCGCAAUGCCCUUUUGGAAAAUGGAAAAUCCAUCUUCGAAUUACAAGGAGAAAGAAGACAACAUGACGGAUAUGCAGAGUAGAUUAACCAAAUGCAUGAUUCCGCAGGUUUUCCAUCGAAGCUGACUGCAGGACAGCAAAGAGAAGAAUUUCGUAACUUAUCCUAUGUUAGGUUCAUGAAAGUGUUGAUUCUCUGUAACAUUUUCACAUGAAUUCUGUGAUUUGCCAAUUAAAUUGCUGUCCAGGUUGACACA